AUGUCGUCUGCUGUCAACGAACUUGCCGAUAACCUGGCCUCCGUCUCCAUCGGCGAGGCCAACGGUGCUGCCCCGGCCGCUGCCGCUGCCAACCCAGACCCGUCCGCCAUCAGCGCAGACGAGGGCCGCCGUUUGUACAUUGGGAACCUCGCCUAUGCGACCACCGAGGGGGAACUCAAGGACUUCUUCCAGGGCUUCAGUGUGGAGAGCACCUCUAUCCCUGUGAAUCCUCGCACUGAUCGCCCUGUUGGUUAUGCCUUUGUUGACCUUGCCACCGCUCAAGAAGCACAGGAUGCCAUCGCUGCCCUGACUGGCAAGGAAAUCCUCGAGCGUAAGGUCUCUGUCCAGCUUGCUCGCAAACCGGAUGAACAGAAGCAGCAGAAGGAGCAGAAGGAGCAGAAGGACAAGGAGGCUGGUGCCAGUGGUACUGAGGGCACCAGCGGCACAGAGGGACGCAAGAGGACCUCCAACCGUGGCCGCGGACGUGGCCGUGGUCGUGGCCGUGGCGGCCGUCUUGGUCGUGGCGGACGUAAGACUGAAGAAGGCACCGCUGAAGGCGAGUCCGCUGAGCCGGCUGGCCUGACCGAAGUCACCAACGCAGAGGGAGAGGCCCAGGAACCCAAGGGCCGCCGUCCCCGUGUCCGCCGUGGGCCUCCAGAGGAUGGCAUUCCUUCCAAGACCAAGGUCAUGGUUGCCAAUCUUCCAUACGAUCUUACUGAGGAAGGCUUGAAAGAGCUCUUCGCUGCCUACGAGCCAGUUUCCUCCAAGAUCGCCCUCCGCCCCAUCCCCCACUUCAUGGUCAAGAAGCUCCAGGCCCGCGGUGGAAGCCCGCAAGGGCCAAGAAAGGCCGUCCAGGAGAUGCACGGUAAGGACGUCAAUGGUCGUGAGAUCGCUGUCAAGGUCGCCAUCGACAGCCCCGGAAAGGAAGACGACGCUCUAGAGGGCCAGGCUGAAGCAUCAGCCGAAGCUCCUGCUGCUGAGUCGUCCGAGGCUGCCGCUGCCCCCGACUACCGCUUAAACCAACUCCCAAAAAAGAUGCACACACGCAUACAUACGCAAACACCAAAACUCUCUCUCCGAGCAUAA